UAUCUUUCAGGCCCGUGCUUUAUGAUACAGCCGCGCGGUGAUUUAGCAUUGUUGUUCAAUACUCCACGACCUCGGGCAGGCGACAAGAGACCGCCUAAAUCCAUCGCCGCCAGCUCGGCCGUGAAUGCGGCUGCCAGAAGACCGACAGCGCCAAUCGUCGCCCCCGCCGGUCGCCAGUAAAUUCAUUAGCGCCCCGUCGACUGGUGACUAAGCCCUAUGCAGUGAGUCGCCGCGACGGAGGCCGUCGGAAGGCCCUGUCCGUCGGACCGACGUCGGGGGGUCGCCCGCGCGCGGCUCUGGCACGGCGCGGGGUCGGCGGGCGGGCACGAGCGACAAGCCGAGCCGCGCCGUGCACCGGCGGAUUGGGAUGCUGCGGCCGCAAGGUCAGCUCGGCGGAGAGGACGGCCGGCCGAGACGGCGUCUUCGUCUUCCGAGGACCAGUUCUAGCGUCCUCCACGCUCUGAACACCCCUCGAGAAACCUGUCCUCCCGCAGGUGACCGGCCGAUGGGUCCGAUCGCCAUGGACGCUCUUAUUAUUCAAUUAGCCAAUCAAAUUUGACUGUGGCGGCGGUCAGCUGCUGUAAUCAGCUGAGCGGCGCGCCAGUCGCGUCGCCGCCGCGGAGGUGAGGGUGCGCUCCGCCGGGCGCUCCGCCGACCGCCGCGAGAACCACACACACUCGGUGUAGAGGGACUGCUGUCAGUGGGCGGGACACGCCGCCACUGGACCAGUCAGACGUUUGUGAGGUUUUAGAAGACAUGGACCUGGCCCAGACGACCGAUUGCAAAAAGCCGACAGUGGAGGAUCUGGCGGCAGCGCAGGGAGGCGUCAACUCACGGUUACACUGGUCUCCCGACAUGAUGCAGCCAGCCCAGUCAGGUAUCCUGGAGAUUCGCAAAGAGAAGUCCCGUGACGCGGCGCGGUCACGGCGCGGCAAGGAGAACUACGAGUUCUACGAGCUGGCCAAGAUGCUGCCGCUGCCGGGCGCCAUCACCUCCCAGCUGGACAAGGCCUCCAUCAUCCGACUCACCAUCAGCUUCCUGAAGAUUGGCGAGUUCAGCGCUCAGGGAGACCCGCCCUGGGCGCGCGAGCCGCCGCCCAACAAACUCUACAAGAGCACACAUCUGCGGUCUCGCGGCAUCCCGAUGUCGGUGACUGACGUCUUCGACAGCCACCAGGGCACGCACAUACUGCAGUCCCUGGAUGGAUUCGCCUUCACAUUAGCCACCGACGGAAGAUUUUUGUACAUAUCGGAAACGGUGUCCAUCUACCUAGGGUUGUCCCAGGUGGAGAUGUGCGGCAGUAGUAUUUUCGACUACAUUCACUCCCAGGAUCACGCCGAGUUCGCCGAGCACACGGGACUCACGCUGAGUAACGGGCGACCGCUCGCCUCACCGGGAGAGGAGAACGCCGGUCCGGUCGGCACGCACAACCCCGACGUGAACGCCGUGAUGACGGUGGACUCAAACAGCGGAUACGACGGCUUGGACCGGGCCAUCUGUGUACGGAUGAAGUCCACGCUCACCAAGAGGGGCUGCCACUUCAAAACGCCCGGAUACAGGGUCGUUCUUCUGCAGUGCCGCCUGAGGCCACAGUACGCGUUCUCCCACAAUCGGAAGACGUCGUCCCCGAACCUGCUCGGUCUGGUCGCCAUGGCGAUAGCGCUGCCGCCUCCGAGCGUCAAUGAAGUGCGCCUGGACGCUGACAUGUUCGUCACCAGGCUGACGUUCGACUUUCAAAUCGCCCACUGCGAGCCCAAGGUAUCUGAGAUGCUCGACUACAGUGCUGAGGAGCUGACCGGUCGCAGUCUGUACACGCUCUGCCACGGAGCCGACGCCCACCUGCUGAGGAAGGCGCACGUAGACCUGUUGAACAAAGGUCAGGUGCUUACCUCCUACUACCGACUACUGAACAAGUCAGGCGGCUACACCUGGCUUCAGACCUGCGCCACCAUCGUGUGCAAUAACAAAAACGCCGAGGAACAGAUGAUCAUCUGCGUCAACACCGUCAUAUCUCGGACGGAGCAGGAGGGUGUAUUUAUGGACCAGUCCCAGAUGACAGGAGGCGUCUCCACACGGUCGGAUGACGGCGGCGGCCUGCCUUCGACCGGCCCGGAGAGGACAGAUGGCAGCAGCACGGCGUCCGAGUCGUCCCCGGGAGCCAGCGAGAGCACGAGUGAUCUGCGUAUUGACGGCGUGGUCGAGUCGAAAGGAUCGGCCAAACAAAUGUCACAGGAUCACACCAAAGUGAAAACGGAGACGAGUUCGUCGUUCGAGGGCUCGGAGCGUGCGGAGGCGUCCGGCUCCAUGAACCUGUCUGUGGCUCCGGCCGUGGCUCCGCUCUCUGCCGCUCCGGUUCCGGCCGCUCCGGCUCCGGACACCGCCCGCUCCCGGAAACGGAAACUGGCGCCGGAGGAGACUCCGGAGCCGCGGCCGGCGCCCAGUCCGCGCGGAACGGCCGAGCCGCCGCCGGAGCGCGGGGCGGAACCCCGCUGGAAACCCACCCGCUGUGACGAGACCAGCUCAGUGAAGGAGCUCGAGUCGGCCAUGUCCAAACACCUUCCCGGAGAGCCGACGGAUUUCAGCGCCGACGCGCUGCUGAGAAACCAGCAGCGGCCGACCAUCCAGUGGAUCGGUGCGGGCAGCCAGGCGCCCGCCUCCACCCUGCUCCGACAGCUGUACGCCAGUCGUGAGAGCGUCAUACGCUCCAACAUCCAGGCAGCGGCAAGCCGCGCCGCCUACUACCCCGAUAUGCAGAACAUGUUACCCACCCCGCCGGGCGGCGAGACGUACAACGAGCAGUUCUACAAGCUGGCCACGGACGGGUACGCGCUGCCGUACGGCGGAGGGGGCGUAUCAGCCGGGUACGACUACCACAGCAUGACUCCUCCGUCAUCUGUGUCUCCUCGAGACAAGGCCGCGCACGGUGAACAGUUCGACCCGAGAUUUGAGUCGUUCAAACCGCAGCCGUACCCGUACCUGGCCGGCCUGGAGCAGAGUCAGUUCGGCGGCGACCCCAGCAGGCUCUACCCUGACCCGACCGGGUUCCACCUCUAUCAUAGUUCGCCAAAGUCGCCCGGGAGCUAUGACGCGCUCAAGUCGCCAGCGGCCUGGUAUGCGCCGCAGUCGUAGGGACGCUCUGCCGACUGAUAGGCUCAGAGACUGACGCGGGGCGAUCCGGCGGAGGCAAAGAGUCGUGACCUGUGACCUCGCGAGGUGUCCAUUGGCACUGAUGACACGCUGUAGGUCCCGCCGAUCCUCUCGGGUCGCCCUGAGCUGUUGACCAUGACCUGUGACCUCUGGCCGUCCGCUGACCGGUCACGGUCGGUGACCCGCCCGAGCUGACCCACCAGGACCUCCGGUCCCGCAGUCCUGACCUCGGGACCGACCAGAGUGACCCCUGGUCCGCGUCCUGGUCCCUGCGGCGGUCUUCUAGCAGCUCGAAUGCCGGCGGACGCUGGGUCCCAUGGGCGGCGCUAUACCAGCGAAUCGCCCAGUCUGACUUACACGCAUAUCAUGAUGUCAUCUUGUGUCAUUUUGGCGCCGGCCGCCGAGCCACGCCCGCUUCGCUAGCGUACAAAUCGCCGACGAUUUCUUUCCGUCUCCAUUGUUGGACUAGUGUGUGCUCGCUCGCGCGUGCGGCUGCGGGCGUUGUUUCGCGUGCAGGACGGCGUCGUUUCGGGGACGGGAGAGCUUCCGGCCGGGCCGACAUCGGCCCAGCCGCUCGGUGGCGAGGGUGGAGGCUCGGAGGCGGCCCGACGUCUACAGUAUCUGUGAUUCCUAGUUUGCGUUGUUUGCCGUACUUGUGUGUCGUCGCUGUCAAGAGAUGGCGCCACUGCGGUCAGGGUAAGAUUCCAUAAGAGACGAGGGCGCGCGGGCGCCGUCAAAGACAAGGCAGCUGGGCGCGUGUGUAGAUAUCUUAGCUGAGACAGAUGUGGACUGGAGAGAGGAUUAUUUAUUCAUGUGUGUACAUAGCCGGCGGCGCGAACUGUUGUUUUGUUUGGAACGGUGGCGAUCGGCCAGCCUGAGCGGCGCACGGCUGUUCAGACGCCACUCGUUCACCAAUGUAAGAGUAUCGUCGUAUCCGCAUUCUUAGUCGAUACCUAGCUGUUCUCGCAAUCAUUUACGUGUUAUCGAAAAAUAAACCAUCGAGGCACAACA